AAAAUGCCAGCAACAAACCGAAGAAUUUCUUUGGGAUCUCCAAAGGAUCUUCGGGAAGUGAAGUUUUUCGACGAGGAGCCAAUCCCAGAUGUCCCACCAAAGGGAGCACGCGUUAAAGUUUGUUAUGCAGGAGUUUGCCUUACUGAUAGAGAAGUUUCCAACACGAAGCAAGCAAGAAUUACCAACGGAAUCAAAGAUACCAGCUUGUUUCCAGGAUAUGAAGUUUCCGGAAUUGUUGAGUCAUUCGGCGCUGAAUGCACACCUGGUGACUAUGAUCUGACUAUUGGAGAUAAAGUAAUCGUAUGGCCAACUGAUGAGAUGUGCAGUCAUGGUUAUGCCGACUAUGUUGCUGUUCCAACUCUCCAUUUUCUUGUGAAAAUUCCAGAAACUCUUUCAAUGCAUGUAGCAUCUAUUUUGCCUGCUGGAGCUACCUGGGCGUUGUCUGCUGUUCUUCAGGCCAGACCGAUAGUCGAAGCGUUUUCACAAUCAAAGGGAUUCUGCAAUAUUCUUAUCGUGGGAGCAGGAGGACUUGGACUUUGGCUUCUUAAACUCGCCAAGCAUUUCCUAGCGAUCAACAAUGAUAAAAAGAUCCGUUUGAUGGUUGCUGAUGCCAAAGAAGAACGUUUGUCUCUGGCCGAAAGAAACGGAGCUGACUUUGUAGUACACUGGGAUGAUUCCGAAUUUGAAGAAUAUCUGAUUAUGAGAACUAAGGAUGUGGCUCGUACCGGUGUCAAUGUUGUUUUCGAUUUUGUGACAUCUCCAAGAACUGUCACUCGAUCAUUGAAGUGUCUCGCUGAAGGUGGUGUCUUAUUUGUUGGAGGUCUUUCCGGUCUUGAUGUUCAACUUCCAAUCAAGCACGUUGCUAAAAACAGACUGGCCAUUAUGGGAGUUACGAGAGGAAGUAUCGAACAACUGAAAAACCUUGUAAAUUUGAUUGCCGGAGGCCAAAUCGAUGCUCCAGACUACAGAGUUUAUCCAGUCGAUCAAGCGUCUGCAGUGUUGAAGCAAUUGUCGAUGUCGGAGGUUGAAGGUCGUGCCAUUCUCGAAGUUUGCGAUCCCUCUUCAGCAUUAGAUGCAGAUCAGAGCGGCGGUGUUCCAAUUCCUGCCGCCACUUCCGAAUAAUUGCUCAAUAAGCCUCCAAAGGUGUAAUAAUUGUAUUUCCCAUUUUGCCAUUUCAUACAUUGUCCCGACUCCCUUCACUCAUAAUUAUAUAGUCAGAAAGUCUUAUUUCAUCCUGUGCAUUUACUCUAUUACUUCCCAGACAUCGGUAUUUUGAGUAUAGUGUUGCCAUCUGCUUUUCAAAAAUUCCCUGUAACAUAAAAUCCACAUUUUCUCCCGUUUCUUGCUCUAGAUCCGCAUCCUUCCAAAUAAUUUUAACAUGAGAACGAAAAUAAUUUUUAGUUAGGUAAUCUUAGUUUGUAAAAAAUAUGUAAACAAACGAAUUCAAUGAAUAUUAUAAAA